AUGUAUGAUAUUUUGAACGAAUUUAUUUUAGACCUGCAGAAAAUUCGUACCGUUAGUUUGUAUGUAUGUGGAAAGGGAGCCUUUUUGGACAUUGUCGGACAAGGAAAACUUCGCCCAACAUUACAAUCACCAUCAAUUAUCAAUGCAAUUCAUUUGGAAGCACUUUCAAGAAAACAUAUUGAAUCAGGAAUUGUCAACUCAAAUCUACUUGGCCCCCUCAUCUCACACUUUAAAGAACUUAAUUUAUUUGAUUAUUUUCUUGACCAAAUACAAGAAGAAACCCAAGGUGUUCCUAUCUAUGUUGUUCAUUAUGUUUUCGACAGCUAUAUGCAGUUAUUGGAAUGCAAAACAAAAGAAGAUAUUGAUCACACCCUUAUCCAAAUUCGUUCGACACUUCCAAUUUCUUUCAACGCUCCAUUCAAACAAUUCUCUAACCAACCAGUCUUGAUGAAGGUCUAUCAAUCUUUGCUCUUUGCUGGCAUUUUGAAACUUGAAGCUGGCAAAGAAUUUAAUAUGGAUGAGUUUAAUACAGAAGGAACAGAGUUUGAAGGUGUCACUAGUCUCGGUACCUACGAUAUUGCAACAAUGUUGAACUGUUUUCUACAACCUGUAAAGGAGAACAUAUACCAACUCUUAUUUCCAAGAGCAAUCAUUGAUCAAUAUGUAAAAUCAUCUGAAGCAUCUUCUCGCACAUUUGCAAUUUCACACAUUGUUGAAGAAUAUGGACCAGUCGUUUCUCUAGGAAACAUUAUGGAGCAAUUAACAUUGGUCAACUUUAUGUUUAGAAUGAAAUGA